UAAUGGGCAGUAGCGUUAACGAUGUCCGAAAAUAAUUACGAAUCCUUUACAUUCAUAGACAGCGAUUGCAAUUCAACUUCAGAUCUAGACCCAAAUAGAGAGCUGAACGAAAAAGUCACUCACCUUCAUUUAGUUCUGAAAUUCUACUUCUCGCCUUUAGAGCAACAGCAUGUGAUUUAUCUGCUUAAUUUGUACAGAGGCAAUGGCAAUCUGAACUACCUUUGUCUUCAUUUAAGUUCGCUUGUAGACACUGUGUCCAAAAGAUGUCUUCUGAAAUGUCUGCUCCCUUUCGUCCCGAAAAAGCACGUGCAACACUAUCAUAAACUGGUGGCCGAUUUGUUCAACGGUUUGACCUUGGAACGAAUUCAUAAUGUGCAGUUUGGAUAUUUGAGGCACAUAGAUUCUUCGUAUAAGAAGAGAGAAAAGGACCACUCGUUGGACGAGCUACGGAAAGCAUUGGGGUUGUCAGGUAGCUCAAAACCAAAUCCAGUGCACAAAUCCGACAUCAAUUUAGCAGAGCUAAGGGACCAACAGAAUAAAAACACAUCACAGCAUAAUCUGCAGAUACCCUCGAUUAACAAUCAACACGUGUCCUCACAAUCACUGCCAUCGCCCGUUCUUUCAGGGCCAUUGAAUGAAGCCAGAGGAAUAUCGUCGCCGGCUAAAUCUGCGUCGACUAAGAUGACAUCAUUCAAGGAGGAGGAGUUCGACAUAGAGGUGAAGAGGAAGUUCAAUCAGGCAUAUGGCUUCAGAAUCAAAGGAGGAACGGAUACAAAGGAAUCCAUUUUUGUCGAAGAGAUUGGGUCAGGAUCACAAGCUGAAAAAGCAGGUCUAAAGUGUCUGGACCAAGUUAAAAGUAUCAAUGGACAAUCUCUGAAUAAUUUUACAAACAAAGAAGCCUCCAAACUGAUUCGCUCUAACAAGAAACUAAAAAUGAAAAUACUACGAAAGCUUCCGCCGUCUACGAGUGUAGGGACAGAUAAUGCUCUUGAAUACGAUGAACCCGAUGUGGAUAUUGUGCCACGAGAAACAGAAUUGAGUAGUCAGAAGCCAGACUUGAUUUGGGUCGACAAAAAUGGAGAUGUUAUUGCUGAUGCAGAAGAACGGUUUCGGAAUGCACAGAUAAUCAAGGUGUUGUUAGUGCUGCCUUCCAAGCGUGGAGGUCUCGGCUUCCGAAUCAGAGGCGGAGCUCAGUAUGGCAUCGGAAUCUUCAUUUCAAAUGUACACCCUAACAGCAUCGCAGCACGUCACAAUCUCCAGUUCGGGGAUCAGAUUCUUGCUGUGAACAAUGAGAACCUGAUGAGAGCGACUCAUGAGAAGGCGAUUGAACUCAUUUCUAUGGACAAAGUGGUCCUCAUGUCCAUAAGGAGAGUGGGCUGCAUACCCGAACUCGCCAAGAGAGCCAAUACAAGCAACAAUUUAAGGUUCAGACAGCUCUCGGGUCAAGCGAGGAGUCAAAUUGGUAGUAGGAAUGAAGCGCCAACUGGAAGCAAUAAUAGAAACGAGAGUGGGGCAAUCGACAGGUCACAGUUGCAUUCAUCAAUGUCGAAUCUACUUGUGGACAGUGACCGUGGCUCAGACUUCAAAUCUUUGACCUCUACCGAUGUUCCCAUUUUAAGUCGGAACACUUCGCCUGCUACUGCUUCGAGCAUUGAAGACAUUGAAUCUGGAAGACGUCAUAGGUCGACUAGACAGCUGGCUUCUAGUAGAGUUAGUCCCUACAGAAAUAUCGAGAGGCAGGAAACAUUAACUAACAGGUUUUCGAAAUCCACUUUGGCAAUCAGCAGAGAUUAUCAAGAUGAAGAGGAAUCGGAGGAUGAGUUCCUAGUUGAACAGAGAAGACAGCCACCUCCAACUCAGAUGCGACUAGUACCACGAAGUCCACGAAGAAGUGAUUCACCCAAGUUCGUGAGCCGAGGACAUCAUUCCUCGUUGUCAUUGGCCGACCUGAACAACUCGGACUCUCCGGAACCCCGAAUCAUUUCUUCAUCCUAUGACGACGAAGAUGACUCACUCUCACACCAACCCAAAUACCACUACUCAUCUAUGGGUCUGCAAAGAACGAAGUCGAGGAGUAACUCCAAUCUAGGUCUGCCGAAUCAGUUAUUGAGUGCAGAUGAAGAAAAGAGAGUGAACGGAAAAGGUGUUCACAGGCAAACUACAAAAACAUCACGAGAUGUUUUCAUUCCUCCGUUAUCUGAACGGGAGCUACAGGAAGAGAAAUUGCCUGAGCGCAGUUGUAGGCGGAUAAGGGUGGAGAAGGUAGCUGGUCGCUUGGGAUUGGCAAUUGAGGGAGGGGCUGACACUCACUUGCAACUGCCCACAAUUAUCAAAAUUAAGCCCGACAGCUGUGCAUGGUUCAAUGAUGAGCUAAAAGUGGGAAUGCGUAUUCUGGAAGUGAACAACAAACCCCUCUAUGGACUAACACACGCAGAGUGUGGGAAGAAGAUUGCCCAGAGCUUUCAAGCUAAUUUUAGAGACUGCAUCGAAUUUUUAGUGGAGGGAAAUGACGACCACGAAAACGAACAGCAAUAUGAAAAUUCUAUGGACUACUAAACAAAAAGGAACUUAAUUAACCCGAUUAGAGGAAGCUUCAAAUAUCCACAGAAUUAGGCAGAAAGUCAAUUAAAGGUGGAAUAAUACGAUGGAAUUCAGAUAAAUUGACUAAAUUACGGAUAUUCACUCUUGAAAAAUUACAGAAAAAGUUAGAGCGUGAAAUCUUAUUAGAGAGAAAAAAAGUUACCGAUGAACUCAAACUCCAGUGGAGUUCCGAAAGUAAAGGAAUGUGAUACUCCGAAACGAUCGACGAUGCAAACGAUAGCUUUACUUGUGACUUGACACAACCAAAAAGUUGAGAUUUACAGCCUUUAUUUUUUUCAUAUCAGCUCACCCAUUCAUAGCGUUAUUUUCUGUGAACUGGAUCCAUAAAUUCAAAUCAAGACGAAAACAAAGCAGACUGAAAACUCUUUUUUAAAUUUGUGUGAGGUGUUUUUCAUAUCAACAUUUGAUAAUCAGCCAAUUAAUGUUUCAUGUAUUUUUCAUGUUAUUGAGUUUAGUAAUUGUUCAACAGUUGUAGAUUCUGUCUAGAUUUUUUCCUGUUUUGAUAGUUUAUUUCUAAAUCUGCGUUUUUUAAUUAUUUAGUUAUGUUAG